AUGAUAGACAAUAUAGGAGUGGAUAAUACUAUAAAUAAUAAAUUAGAUAUUAAGCUAGAUAUCACCUUCCCAAGCUUAAGAUGUGAAGAAAUCUCUGUUGACAGUGUGGAUAAUGUUGGUGAAAAUCAAGUAGAUGCAAGGGAGGAUAUGGUCAAAAUCCCAAUUGAUUUGAAUGGGCAAGAAGUGCGGAAUAUAAAAUAUAAUCAACAAAAUGAUGUAAAGAUCGAAUGCAUGAGUUGUUAUGGAGCAGAGACUAGUGAAUUUUCAUGUUGUAAUGAUUGUGAUUCGCUCAAAACUGCGUAUAGAUCUAAAGGGUGGUCAUAUUUAGAUAUAGUAAAUAAGGCACCACAAUGUAUUGAGAAAGUAGGAUGCAGAAUCAAUGGAAAAAUACAAGUAAACAAAGUUUCAGGAAAUAUUCAUGUCGCACUAGGAAGUGCAACAAUAAGAAAUGGUAAGCAUGUUCAUGAGUUUAAUAUGAACGAUAUUUCCAGAGGGUUUAAUACAAGCCAUAUAAUUCAUGAAUUAACAUUUGGCUCUGAUAAAAUACCUUUUUUAUUUUCUCCAUUAGAAAAUGUUCAAAAAUUUGUACACAAAGGUACAAAAAUGUUUCAUUAUUAUGUGAAACUGAUACCAACACAAUAUUUCUCAGGCAACGGUGAAGUUAAUAUUUAUGGAAAUCAAUAUGCAUUUACUGAAAGAGAAAGAGAUGUUCUCGUAAAAAAUGGCGAAUUGUCUGGGCUUCCCGGAGUUUUUAUUGUUUAUGAAUUUCAACCAUUUCUACUGCAAAAAAUUUACAAGAGAAUUCCGAUAUCUCACUUAAUUACAUCUUUUUGCGCUAUUGUUGGAGGGAUUUAUUCAGUUAUGUCUUUACUCGACUCAAUUGUAGCAUGGCUUUUCAAAAAUAAUAUAAAUAGGUACUUGAAUUAUAUUUAUAGAUUAAAUUUUUCGAAAUAG